AUGAAGAGCCUUCUACUUUUAUUUUUGUUCUUUAUAACAUUUUCUUCUGCAUUUCCUGUAGACCGAAUGAUGGAAAAUGAAGAAGACAUGCAACUGGCUCAGGCAUAUCUCAACCAGUUCUACUCUCUUGAAAUAGAAGGGAGUCAUCUUGUUCAAAGCAAGAACAGGAGUCUCAUUGAUGGCAAAAUUCAGGAAAUGCAAGCAUUUUUUGGAUUGACAGUGACUGGAAAACUGGACUCAGACACUCUUGAGAUCAUGAAGACAGCCAGGUGUGGCGUACCUGACGUGGGUCAAUAUGGCUACACUCUCCCUGGGUGGAGAAAACACAACCUCACAUACAGACUAAUGAACUACACUCCAGAUAUGGCACAAGCUGAUGUGGAUGAGGCUAUCCAAGAUGCUUUAGCGGUGUGGAGCAAAGUUACUCCACUGACAUUCACCAAGAUUUCCAAAGGGACUGCAGACAUCAUGAUUGCCUUUAGGACUCGCGUCCAUGGUCGGUGUCCUCGUUAUUUUGACGGCCCCUUGGGAGUCCUUGGCCAUGCCUUUCCUCCUGGUCUGGGUCUGGGUGGUGACACUCACUUCGAUGAGGAUGAAAACUGGACCAAGGAUGCAGAAGGAUUCAACUUGUUUCUUGUGGCUGCUCAUGAAUUUGGUCAUUCACUGGGGCUCUCUCACUCCAACGAUCAAACAGCCUUGAUGUUUCCAAAUUAUAUCUCACUGGAUCCUAGCAAAUACCCACUUUCUCAGGAUGAUAUCAGUGGAAUCCAAUCCAUCUAUGGUCGGCCUAAGGUACCUGCUAAACCAAAGAAACCCACUGUCCCCCAUGCCUGUGACCCUGACUUGACUUUUGAUGCUGUCACCACUUACCGCAGAGAAGUAAUGUUCUUUAAAGGCAGGCACCUCUGGAGGAUCUAUUAUGAUAUCACUGAUGUUGAAUUUGAAUUAAUAGCUUCAUUCUGGCCAUCUCUGCCAGCCGAUCUUCAAGCUGCAUAUGAGAACCCCAAAGAUAAGAUUCUGGUUUUUAAAGAUGAAAACUUCUGGAUGAUCAGAGGGUAUGCUGUCUUGCCAGAUUAUCCCAAAUCCAUUCACACACUUGGCUUUCCAAGCAGUGUGAAGAAAAUAGAUGCAGCUGUCUGUGACCGAAACACAAGAAAAACCUACUUCUUUGUGGGAAUUUGGUGCUGGAGGUAUGAUGAGAUGACCCAAACCAUGGAGAAAGGGUUCCCACAGAGGGUGAUAAAACACUUUCCAGGAAUUGGUCUUCGUGUUGAUGCUGCUUUCCAGUAUAAAGGAUUCUUCUAUUUCUCCCGUGGAUCAAAGCAAUUUGAAUAUGAUGUUAAGGCAAAGAACAUUACCCGAAUGAUGAGAACCAAUACUUGGUUUCAGUGUAAAGAACCAUUAAACUCAUCAUUUGAUUUUGGUGUCCACAAGGAAAAAGCACAUUCGGGAGAAGUGGAGAUAUUGUACCAUAAGAAUUUAAGCUUGUUUAUUUUCAGUAUUAUUCAUCUGCUAAAAAAUAUUUAUAGUUAUCAAUAAAUUUGUAGACCUGAAAUAAA